GUAGUUCAUAGUUCACUAUCGUCGGAAGCAGAGCAACGGCACACACAAGAAACAAAAAAUAGAGGAAGAAACACACGCAAAUAUUUUUGCGUUUUUAUCGUUUGAUAUAAACAUUUUACAUUUAUUUUUUUGUAAUUUUUAAUUCUGAAACGUAUUUUAUCGAUUCCACGGAACGCACCAACGAAAAAAGUUAACCAUCAACAUUGAGAAUUGCAUUUAUUUUAUGGUGUAUUAACAAACGAAUACAAAGUGAGUGUGUGUGAGAGAAAAGAAAAAAAUAAAAAAAAACAAAAAAAUUGCCACCAAGAAAAAAUGAUAAAUGUUAUAAAAAUCAAGGUUCUGCCAAAAAAAAGGAAUUCACGCUCUAAAAUAUAAAUUAUUUAAUGGCUUUGGAACACUCCUGAGAGUAUUUCUGGGAUAUUUUUGUUGCUUUUACACUAAAACAAAAAAAGUCAAAUGUUCAUAUACUUAUGAUCAAAGAAGAGUAGAAACUUUCUAGCCAAACCAAAUUUUUGCCAUUCGAUCCCAAGGUGGAACACACUGCAAAAAGACUAAAUUUCAAACCAAAACUAAUUUGCGAUAUAAAUAUUGAAGAUGGCUAUACCUCCACCACCAGGACCGCCACCACCACCAGGUCCACCUCCUCCACCUGCCAUGGGCGGUUUAAAGUUAGGAGGUGGCGGUGGUGAUCAGGCUCGAUCAGCCUUACUACAAUCUAUACAAAAAGGCAAAGCCCUCAGGCCAACAGUUACCGUGGAUAAAAGUGGUCCUGCUAUGUCUGGUAAGGUGUGCGGCAGUACAUCGCCAAACAGCGGCUCGCCCAAGCGACAAGUUAUUGGAGGAGCCAGCAGCAACACUGGCAACAGCAGUAAUGGUAAUGGCGGACCAAAACUGGGUGGUUUGUUUGAAGGUCUGACUUCAAUGCCGAAAUUAAAGCCAGUUAAUGGGAGUAGGGCAAGCCCAGCUGCAUCGUCUUCAGCAACAAAUGGUCGCAGCAACAGCCCUCCAUCAGCGCCAACAUCAAAUGCAGUAUCAAACAGUGGUCCAAUGGAUUUCAGUGCAGAACUAACGAAACAUUUGACCCUUAAACGGCAAAAACAGCAACAACAGCAAACGUCAGGCUCCACACCUCAUAUCAAUGCCACAGAAGCAAAUUUCAAAACAAAUCGCGGACCACCACCUCAACCACCAACACAGCCACCCAAAAACUUAUCAACGAGCACUUCCGAUUCUAUUUUGGAAAAGAGCAGAUCCAAUGCCACACGUCCAACAAUUUUACCGAACAACGAUACAUCGAAGCAACCCAUUCCAGCCACAACAUCGGAAAUCAAUAGUAAAUUAAUGAAGCAAAUCAACACUGGGGGAAGUGUAAGGAGUAAAGCCGCCAAUCUAAACUUGACAUUAGGGAAUAAUAAUGUAUUUGUAAAUAAUAACAACAAUGACAGUAAUACAAAAACAUCAUCCCUAAAUACCACAACCAACUAUUCAAACAACAACAGCCACACAAAUAGCUCAUCGUCAUUGGUAGCAUCAUCGGCAACAUCGGGAUCAUUGCGUAAUCUAGCACCAAACAAGUCGACCUUAUUUAGUAGCAAUGCCGGUGGAAAUGGUAGCACUAGCAGUAGUCCAUCUGCAUCCGCGUCACCAUCUCCGCCAACGAAAUCUCCACUGCUGCUUUCCAUGAAGCCUAACCAUGGCAAACCGAACUUUGCCCCAAAGCCACCAGGUCUGCAGCAAUUGGCUGGUCAAAGGCCAGCCGUGGCACGUCACCAUAGUAUGAAAUCACCCAGGUCACCGCCAAUAACAACUUCGGGUGGAGGUCCAGUAUUCCCAACACAACAACAAUUCGGAACAAUGCGCACACCAUUGGCGCAAUCGCAUGAAGCUAUUAAUUCUGGUUUGCGAUCGGCACCUCAACCACCAAUUGGUCGACCCACAGUGGCACCACCCAAGCCCCCAAGUGUUAAGCCACCACCACCGCCUACACCAGCACGCAGUACAUCGAAUUCGAACUUAAAUCUUUAUUCUAGUACCAACUCAAGUUCUAAUUCCGCAUCAUCUGCUGCGCCUGUUGCGGCCAUCAAUACGGCGCUAAUAUCGUCAGCAACAAGCGUGAACUCGUCGCCGCCUUCCACUCAACCGCCCUCCAAUUCUUCAUCAACGAACAGUGUAUCCGCUUUGCGUGAUCAAUUUCGCACCGGUGCAAAUUCAACACCGCCACCUCCCCCACCACCAUCUUCUACCGCCAUGUCUCCGCCAGCGAAGUCUUCGAGUAGUCCACUGAGCAGUAAAUCUCCGAAACCAAUUAUACUAAACGGAGGUCCAAUCAAUGCACCACCAUUACCGCCACAUAGGACAUGUCCAGCGCCACCGCCACCUCAAAGACAAUCUAGCAGUGGUAACGUAACUUCGAGUGGAGCCCCACCUGUACCACCUCAACGCCAUUCAUCCAUACGAGCCAAUGCUCCACUAACACCACCAGCUGGCAUCAAUGCAACCCCCAACUUUGGCAGUGCAAAUGCUGUAAGUCGUUUGGUCACUGAUUUGGAAUCCAAGUUCGGUAAACGUUUCCACAAUGUAACCGAGUUCCCAAAGCCCCCACCAUUUGUGAACAUUCACAAAGCGUAUCCUAGUCGAACCGUCAAAGCAACAAAUGGUAUGUAACAUGCAAGCAAAGGCAUCACUCUUCAUUUGUCCGUAUUUCAAAUGUAAACUAUGAAAAUGGCAAUGAUUGGAAGAUGAUGGUGAAAUGAAGUCGGAAUGCAUUUCAUUUGCCGUUUAAAAAUUAUGUUUCUUCUUAUAACCUACCACAUAAGUUUUAAAAUUAUUCUUUGUUUUUAUUUUAUUUGGAUACAAUUGUUUACAGCAUCUUCUUAGAAAGAACACUGCACGCGAGAGAUAUUCGAAAAUGUAAUGAACUUUUCUUAACUAAUUCAUAUACAACAAAUAUACUAUCUGCAAAUGUAUUAUUUUAAGCGAUUUCCAAGCAAAGCAUUUUACACCUCCCCCCUCCUUCUUCCCACUGUAAUAUUUUGUAUAUUGAAUUUUUAUUAUUAUUAUUAUUUGUAAAUGCCUUUUAUAAUUUUACUUUUAAUGUUAUCUAAUCAUUAAACUAAUUUAAUGUUUCCCAAAAGAUCGUUGAAGUCAGAACUCUUUGCAAAAAAAAAAUGAAUUAUAGCUUUAUAUUGAA